AACCUUUGAGUGAAAAUGGGAAAGCGAUAUUUGUUAAUUUUUAUGAUUUAUUUGCUUCAAUCGAUUGGAGCUUUUGAAAUCGUCAAAGAACGUGUGGAGGUUACAAAAAAAGGCAGCGAGAUAACGGUUAAAAUUCCUAAUGACAGUGAUCUGAAAUCCGUAUUCUUAGCUGUUGAGUUCAGCGAUCACUGUACCGUUGACUUCAAAUAUAUGGUUAAUAAUAAUAAUAACACUGAAUUCUUAAGCUUUACUCAAAAUGUAAUCAAUGAGCCGAAAGAAAACGAUGUGAUUCGACUAUUAGGUGUGUUCGAAACCAAAGAUCAAGUAAUUCAAAAAACUCUAGAUUAUAAGAUUGGUGUCGAUGGCAAUGGUAAACUGCAACGUACUGUCCCGGAGAACGAAUUUAAUUUAUCGGAAACAUAUGUAAAUUAUACAUGUACAUACCGUAGAGGAGAGCUCAUAUUUCAAGAAUACUUCAAUGAGAAUAUGUCUCAAUGGCAAAAUGAGGUGCGGACUCUAUGGUAUUCGGCGGUUCCCUUCCAAGAGUCAGUAGUCUAUACGAAUGACAGGGAAACAUGUGAGCUUAAAAAUGGGACUUUAUUAUUGAAAGCUAAGUGGAAUGGCACAACUCUUCAAAAGUUACACUUGUUGGACUGCACGAGCAUGAAACAAAACAACAAAAAAGACGAAUGCGGACCAUUUACCCGGAUCAUUUCACCAAUACCAAGUAUAUUUUCGGCAAAGGUUUACAGCUAUCCGUUUAAAUUUAAAUAUGGACGCGUUGAAAUCCGUGCUCGAUUUGCACUUGGUAACUGGUUACUACCAUAUAUAAUGCUUCAGGACCGUGAAAAUAUGAACAUUGACCUCGGUUCUCAUAUCCGUAUGUAUGCUCGGGGGAAUCCCAAUCUGCAGGAUAAUAAUAACAAUCAAAUUGGCGCGGAAACACUCUUUGGCAGCGCCUUCCUAAUGCAUCCAUCGGGCGAAAUAAUCGAGCUCAUGCACUCUUUCCGUAAUAAGGAUGCAACUCCUUUGGCUUAUGAGUUUCACGACUAUACAAUUAUUUGGCGUAGGGACAAAUUAAUAUUUAAAAUUGAUGGCAUCACUUUCGGAUCCAUAAAAAAUGAGACAAUUUUGAAUGUGCUCAGCGAAAGAGAGAGAGCAAUUGCAUUCGGACUGACUGCAGGUGGCGGUUUAAAUUUUCCAGAUGAUUACAUUCUGCCGGAUCAGAAAGAUUUUAAGAAUGAUCAUCCCAAUGUGGCCACUCAAUUUGUAGAGGCGAUCAUGACGAAUGAAACUCAAAAUACCUGGACAAAACCAUAUAUGGAAAUUGACUACGUGAAGGUUUAUAGCCUUGAUACAAAUGAGCAGUAAAUGAUUAAAGUUACCUUUAUAAGUGUUCACGUGCAGAUUAAUCAAUAAAUAAAUAAAAAAGAGUCACAUA